GGCCGCCAUGGAGGCGGACCUGGCCUACGAGCCGGGUUUCGUGGGGAUCCGCUUCUGCCAGGAGUGCAACAACAUGCUGUACCCCAAGGAGGACAAGGAGAACCAGAUCCUGCUCUAUGCCUGCUGCAACUGCAACUACCAGCAAGAGGCCGACAACAGCUGCAUCUAUGUCAACAAGAUCACCCACGAAGCGGACGAGCUCACACAGAUCAUUGCCGAUGUCUCCCAGGACCCCACGCUGCCCCGCACCAAGGACCACCCCUGCCAGAAGUGCGGGCACAAGGAGGCCAUCUUCUUCCAGUCGCACAGCACCAGAGCUGAGGAUGCUAUGAGGCUCUACUACGUCUGCACCGCCCCGUACUGCGGCCACCGCUGGACCGAGUGACAGCGCCUGGAGAUGCUCUCAGCCCCCAAAAUCGCCCCAGAUGGUGGUCAUCACCCCAAAACCUCCCUUGUGCCCCCCAACCCAGGCUCUGUCCCCCCCCGUACCUGCCGGGGUGGCAUUUCGGUGGUAAUAAUGGUUAUUUUUGGCA